CAGGCACCGGCCAGCGCAGCCCCCGCGUCCAGCCCUAGUGUAGACAGCGCGCCUGCUUGCACGCAGGAGCGGCCCUGCGCCAUCCCAUGCCCCCCGGCCUUCAUGUCACACACAUGCCCGGUGCCGUCUCUGUGUCUCCCGGACUCCCACAUAGGCACACACGUGUGCUGCCUUUGAUGGCUCGCAGACGCCCUGUGCCGUGCUGUCACGCCCACGCCCUCAGCUUUCAUGUCACCGGCAGGCUGGGUGUGUCGGGAGGCGCUGGCGUUCGGUCUUGCACACGUGGUGCCAGGGCUGCCUCUUUGCAACACGCAUGUGCCAGGCGCUGUUGCUGUCUUGUGCGUGCGGGAGGGGAAGCAGAGCCCCGGAGGGUCCUCCUGCCCGGCACCCCGGUGCCUUGCCGGGCUCAGGCAGAGCUCGCAAGGCCGUGCUGCUUUGGGAGUCAGCGCGGGCAGUUUAAAAACAUCAGCUCGGGGCUAAGCAGAAAGGCUAACACCACGUUAGAGGAGCAGAGCGCAUGGGGAGCGUCCAGGGGAAGACCCGACGCUGGUUUGGGUUCGGCGGGGUUUGGCAGCAGCUGGAUGCCCCGAGGCGCUGGGCCACGGCCUGGCCUGGCGCUGAUGGGACCGGUCCAAGCCACCCUUGCAAGGAGUCAAAUGUUAAACCCGAGCCCCCCCAGAGACGGGGCCGGUUGGGAGGGCAGCAGGGGCCGGGAGACCCCCGGGGAGGUGCACGGGGCGCUGGGCCACCCCGUGGUGGCAGGAGGGGCAGCCACACGACAGAGCCCUCCGUGGCCAUGCGGCGUGUCCGGGGGGAGCUCGCCGGAGCAGGAAGCCGUGCCUGUGCGGGGCGGUUUGGACCCCGGCUUGCUUCGAGAGCCUGAUGAGAGGAGGGCUGGGAAGGAAGGGGGAGGCCUGGCUUGGCCCUGGGAGACCCGGUCCUGCGACAAAGUGGGCAGGCCGGGCACUGUGUGCUGCAGCUGUGUGAGAUAGGACCUGCUGGGCCGGUCUUGGGGAUGGAGAGGGGCACCCUGGGACCCUGCGCCCCAGCCAGGGUGUCCCAGGCACGGCCUGGGGCCUGCCGCUGCCUGGCACGCAGAGGUCUGGCAGCUGCUAAACGGCCUCCCCGUGCAGCAGCUGCAAGGGAUGGAGGCUGGGGAGGCCUGGGCAUCCCUGCCUGGCUCACCCGGGCCAGUCACUCAAGGGUUAAGCUGCAGUCCUGCAGUGCCUGCGCAUGCUCAGGCUGCGCGCUUGGCCUGGGGCGGCGCUGGCCCCACCGCUCUGCCCUCCCCGAGCUGGCGGUUAAUCAUUGAUGGGAGCGUCUGGGGGGCUGGCCUGGGCGGAAAGUGUUCACGAGGCCUUUGGCGUGACCGGGAAACCAUGCUCCAUCCGUGGGGACCGCUGGCCGCUCUCUGGGCCCUGCCGGCUUCUCCCCCAUCAGGCCCCGUGAGCUCCCGGGGCCGGGGCCGGGGCGUCGUGGAGGGGUCGUGUUGUCACCCUGCGGAGCCCGGGCAUGCGCCCCGGGGGCGUCCAGCGCCUGCCCCAGUGCUGGGUUGGGAGGAGAUGUCCCGGGAGGGCCGGCUCCGGCCCUGCUGAGAUGCACAGAGAGCGGGGCGUGUGGGGGGGUGUGUAUGGCAUCCUUUCCCCCCGGGCUGCGGUGGUCCCAGAGGGGUCCAGGAGGAGCAGGACAGGUGCGGGGCUGGGCUCUGAGCUGGAGCAGGAUGAGAGCAGGGUGGCUGAGCUGGGCUGGGCUGGGCUGGGGGUGGGUUUUGGGGUCUGCUCCGAGGGGCUGGUGCUGCGCAGCCCCCGGCCCCGCGCUCACCCCCUCU